ACCUGCAGCUCUCGCUCCGCCUGACUCAGUCCAUUUCAUUACGACACACGGAAUCGCUGUUAAAGACGAGCCUCGACGCAAACUCAUGAUGUCUGUUUCUAACGCACAGGAGACACCGUCCAUCCAGAUAUGCAGGAUUAUGCGACCUGAUGAUGCCAACAUUGUUGGUAAUGUUCAUGGUGGGACUAUCUUGAAAAUGAUUGAGGAAGCCGGAUGCAUCAUUGGCACACGCCACUGCAAUACUCAAUCUGGGGAUCGCUGCUUAGCAGCUUUGGCCCGAGUGGAGCGGACAGACUUUCUGCACCCUAUGUUCAUUGGUGAAGUAGCUCAUGUCAGUGCUGAGAUUACCUAUACUUCCAAACACUCGGUCGAGGUGCAGGUCAAUGUACUCGCAGAGAACAUAGUCACAGGUGCCAAAAAAGUGACCAACAAGGCAACGCUAUGGUAUGUCCCACUUUCUCUUCAAAAUGUGGACAAAAUCAUUGAAGUUCCUCCUAUUGAGUACUCCAGCCCAGAACGGGAGGAAGCAGGUAAAAAGAGAUACGAGGCUCAGAAAUUAGAGCGAUUAGAGGACAAAGUGAGGAAUGGUGAGAUCAUCAUGUCUGUCUCUCUUCCAGAGCCCUACACUGUUGUAUGUAGUCAGUCGAGUCUGAUCCACCUCGUUGGCCCAUCUGACUGCACGCUGCAUGGCUUUGUACAUGGAGGUGUGACGAUGAAGCUGAUGGACGAGGUGGCAGGAAUUGUUGCUGCCCGUCAUUGCAAGACCAACAUUGUGACGGCAUCUGUGGACGCCAUUAACUUUCACCGCAAGAUCAAGAAAGGCUGUGUCAUUACUGUUUCCGGGCGAAUGACUUUCACCAGUAAUAAGUCAAUGGAGAUUGAAGUUUUUGUGGAUGCUGACCCACUGGUGGAAGCUGAGAAGGGAAAAUAUAGGGCUGUCACAGCCUUUUUCACCUACAUUUCCCUGGACAAAGAAAACAAGCCCCUUCCAGUGCCUCCUCUGAAGGUUUUUCCAGCCUCUGUAAAGCUGUAA